UGCCAGCUAUUAUCUAGCAAAUUUGGUUUGUAUCAUAUAAUUGAAACCAUUAUGGCACAGAGCUAGCAUUAUUGCGUCAAGACCAAUAUCCUAAGUACAAUUUGCAUCGUCCAGUUGCAAGCUAUUCAAGGUGUUGUAACACAAACUACUAACUAGCUACUACAGCUGAACGGAACGCACAUGUCCGUACACUUUUCCCGAUAGUUUUUUAUGAAGAUGCGCCUGAGAAUAGCUAGCUAGUAGCUGUCUAAUGCUAGUAGCUGCCAAGUUAGCUAAACAAAACAUUGUUUCGCACUACUCCACUUUGACAUUAGAUAGCCAGCUCUAAUCUGCCAGACUGCAUCGCAGAGCUCUCUUCAACGUGGUCUUCUUCUACGGAGUACUCUACUCUACUGUAAAAAGACCAUGGCAUGCCAGCAUGUGUCUGCUUGUCUCACCUUGAGAUCAUCAUGGAGAGUGGGUCUUGAUGCUGCUUGUAGAGUCAGCCAGCCAUGGAAGGGGAGUAGGUUGUCCUACUCGGGCUUUGCUCCCUUGGAGCCUGGUCACCAGGACAGACGUAAAGAGGACUCCAUCAUCUUGGCUGAACAGACACUGCACACACCUGUCAUGCUUAAAGAAGUGCUCCGCUGCUUAGAUAUUCAACCUGGCCAGGUUUUUCUGGACAUGACCUUUGGAGGUGGAGGUCACACCAAAGCCAUCCUGAGGGCCUCUCCUGAGGUGACAGUGCUGGCCCUAGACCGAGACCCCACAGCAUUCAGCUUAGCUCAACAGCUGGCCAAGGAACACAGUGGCCAGGUGCACCCAUUACUGGGGCGUUUCAGUGAGCUGGGAGCCCUGCUGUCUAGACUGAGGUUGCAGCCAGGUAGUGUGGAUGCUGUUCUUCUGGAUGCUGGCUGCUCCUCCAUGCAGAUGGACUGUCCCGAGAGAGGCUUCUCCCUCAGUAAGGAUGGCCCUCUGGACAUGAGGAUGGAUGCAGACAGGUACCCCGACAUGCCCUGCGCCGCUGACGUUGUGAACGGCUUAGAUCAACAGGCUCUUGCGUCCAUCCUCACUGCCUAUGGGGAAGAGAGGCACGCCAGGAAAAUAGCCUCGGCCAUGAUGGAGGCACGCAGUGUCUACCCCAUCACCCGGACACAGCAGCUGGCCAGUGUGGUGGCAGGAUCUUUUGCAGCCGGCGCUCUCUAUGCCCGCAAAGAUCGGCUUCAGCGGCCCUCGCACAUUGCCACCAAGACAUUUCAGGCGCUGCGUAUGUUUGUCAACGAUGAGCUGAAUGAACUGCAUGCUGGACUCUGCACUGCUCAGACUAUGCUUAAACCUGGCGGCCGGCUCUGUGUGCUGACCUUCCAUUCACUAGAGGACCGCUUGGUAAAGCGAUUUCUCCAUGGAGAGGAUUUAGGUGCCCCACCCCGUCGGAAUCUCCGUCAGAGAGUCAAGCGAUGGGAGGAAGAGAGGAAGAAGAGAAAGAUGGGGAAAGACAGUGGUCACUGGGUUGACCUGCAGAGAGGGGUGCUGACGCCACAGGCAGAAGAUGUACUGGAGAACCCACGAGGACGCUCAGCCAAACUCAGGGCAGCAUUCAAACAAUAACCCUCUGGAACUUGGCCUCAACCUGCACCAAUUAAAUCCUCCUUGUUUUGACUGAACCACAGAACCACCAGGCUGGUCUUUGUCAGACACCACCAUACUGAUCAUAUCCAGGCACGGUCUCACUGGUGUCGGUCGGGUGACAUACAGAACAAGUGCCUUGUUAAUGGUGGAACACUGAGGCUGACUGGAAUUCAACUGCCAUGCACUAACAGUCAACAAUCCAUCUAGGCAUGUGCUCCUUAGUUCAUCGUAUACUGUGUGUUGGUACUGAGUAUUUAAUUUAGUUUAAGUGACUUGUGUACACUACUUGAAAUAUAGGAAACACAAUUGUGCUAAAGCCCAAGUUGAAGAAGAUAAAGGUUAAGACGAGGAUUCUAGUAUCCCAUAACUCUUUGCAUAAAUGAGAAAUAAUUCAAAAACAAAGGGGCCAGCUAUGCUAGUUAGCAACGGCGCUGGUUCCAUGAGUCUGUUUUAUUUUUUGAAAGAUUCUAAUCUGGGUAUCUUCAACCUGGCUGAAGCCAGAGACACAAAAUACAAAAGUCUCUCUCUCACUCUCAAUCUCUCACUCACUCUCUCACUCACACAUUACUUUAUGGAUGAGCUGACACAGUUGCAUACAGUAACAGUUCUGUCUUGUAUUCUGAGUUUCCUCAGUUCUCCCCGUUGGCUGAACCCAUAAUGUCUUUGCUCUUUUGACUAAUGAAUUAAUCAGAACGAUGUUGCCUCCAACCGAAUGGUGAGUAGCCAGAUCAACGGAUGUAGGCACUAACCUCCCUCACUGAUGUCUGUAUUCCCCAGCAAUGAGAUGACAACUUCCUAGGUAGUUUUGGACAAAUGUGUACUGUACUGCACUGCACUGCAUGAAUCAGUAAUGUCUUUAAAUACCAAGUGACUCAACUGUCACAAGUGGCGGUGAAUGAGCGGAUGACUGUUUCGUUCAUGAGCCUUCUCCAACUGUUAACAGAUAAGGUGUUUUGAUCUGUACUAUUGGACUUUGUCUAUUUGUAAUUGUUCCAUCAAGAGGAUCAACACUUUUCUUCCCCUCUGCCUCGUUCUGUACACUCUAAAUAUACACUUCUUGUUACCUUGGAAACUAAACAGCAGAAGUAACAUUUAACUGUGUCUAAAUGUGUUUGCUGUUUUAAUCUUCUGCGAAACGAUGGCGUAUGUAGAAUUUGGACGCCCCUCCCUUUGAGGUCGGUCGACGUCACACAGUCGUCAGGGUUAUUUGAAUUCAGUUUGAAAUAAGAAUGGUUUUGAUCUGUUCUUUAAUGGAUGGUCCAAGGGUUCUAAGCCCCUUACUCUGAAGACCCCCUAC